CUUGAGUUUUGUCAAUCGUUCUCGCUUUUCCAUCACCGAAAUGGCAAUUGAUGUAACAAUGGGGGUAGAGGUAAGUCCCAUUGCAUAUGACAAUAUUGUUUUGCGGUACUGCUUAUUGAAUUAUAUGAAGAAAGGUAUAUAUUUGUGCUGACUCUUGUUGCCUUGCCAUUUCUGCCCCCUAGAAUCCAGAAAGUUCAUCGCCAUAUAUAUUGAAUCGCCUUGCCUUGAAUGGUSUUGAAUGUAAUGUUAUUAUAGUGAUUCUGAGGACUUCUCGAUGCGCAAGAUUUGUUCAAUCUCGUGCAGCAAUUAAUGCAGGCAACAGAAUCGAUUGGUAUGGAAUAUAUCAACUGUCAAAAUGGUUAAAUCCCUGUUCUUAUUAUUAUUCUAUGUGUCGGAAGCAACGCAAGUCGCCUUACCAGAGUGAUAUUGGCAAAGAUCAUCAGAAUCUUUCCCUAGUUGAACCUACCGCUAACGCAACAAAACAUAAUUCGAAAGGAAAUGGUGGAACUGUUGCGUUGGCGGCGGUUCAUGCUGAGUCCAAGCGAAAGAGAGGGGAAAGGAACCUCCGCCGAAGUUCAAGUGUAUGGAAGAAUUUGAAAUUUAACUUUCUGAAACGAUCAGAUCCGGAGAUGAUCAAUAAAUACGAUGCCGCCUCCAAAAUCCAAAGAGCCUGGCGAAAUCGAGUGCAGUUUGGAGCCUGUGCCGACGAAGAGCAGAGCAACCCUGCGUUCGAGCCCAAUCGACUCAGUGUCAGAAAUCCACCAGAGAGAAGAUCAACAAAUAUUGCUGUAUUGGGAACACUCUCCCAGGCACCUGUCGGCAGAAUGAAUUCCGCAGAAACUAUUAUACCUACUAAGUCUCGAUCUCGAUUUCAAAGUAAAGCUGGAAAAGAACACGGCGAAUCGCAGGUGCGAAGUGACAUGAGAGAAUUGCUUGGAAAUCGGGUUGCAAUCGGGACACUGAUUAUGCUCAUAUUCACAGUUCUCUGUACAUAUACACGUCACAGUACAACACAAAUAAAAACCAUGAUAGUACUGCAUUCGCAAACAAGGAAGCCAGCAUAUGCCAAACCUUCUUUGACUGCGGCAGUAAACACGACAGCUCCCACACUUUAUCAGUAUAGUCCCUCGAUUGGAUCAGUGACCUGGUUUCCGAAUCCUCGAUACGGCAACAGCACAGAUCUGACAGAGCGCAACAUUGUCAAGAUCA